AUGUCAUAUGCGGAAACUAUAGACCAGGCCAUAACCAAUUGCAAACAGCAGACAAUAUUGAUGCAACGAUGUCUGGCUCAAGACAAGCUUAUGGACGCGUUGAAGCAUGCAUCGGUCAUGCUGACAGAACUACGAAGCCCACUGCUGUCCCCGAAACAGUACUACGAGCUGUACAUCUCGAUAUAUGACUCUCUGAGCGUUCUGUCAACGUACUUCGUUGAAAGUCAUACGAAAAGACAUCAUUUGGCAGAUCUGUACGAAUUGGUGCAGUACGCGGGCAAUAUUCUGCCCCGGCUGUACCUCAUGAUAACGGUGGGAAGCGCUUAUUUGCAGUCAAAUGACGCCCCGCGCGAAGAAAUCUUCAAAGAUAUGAUUGAAAUGUGCAAAGGCGUUCAAAAUCCGAUCCGGGGCCUUUUUCUACGGUACUACUUGUCACAGCGAACAAAGCAGUUUUUCCAAGCAGAGGACAGCGAAGCCAAAAAGGCCAACGUCAAUUUCAUCAUAACAAAUUUCAUCGAAAUGAACAAAUUGUGGGUACGUCUGCAACAUCAGGGACCCCUGCGUGAACGAGAACAACGUACUCGCGAAAGAAAAGAGCUCAAGGUUUUGAUAGGCGCCAACUUGGUCAGGCUUUCUCAGAUCAUCGAAAUGGAUUUCGCUCUUUAUAAGGACGAGAUUUUACCGUUGAUUCUCGAGCAGGUCGUACAAUGCCGAGACGUGGUGUCUCAAGAGUAUUUGCUGGAUGUGAUUUGCCAAGUUUUCCCUGAUGAGUUCCAUUUGGGCACGUUAUCAGAACUUCUCACCACGACGCUAAAGCUCAAUCCUGCGGUGCCCAUAAACAAGGUCGUAUUGACCUUAGUAGAAAGACUCAAUGGCUUCAUGGAGCGUAGUACUGAUGUGGAAGAUUUGACACGCGGGCUGGCUUUCAUGAGUGUCGAAGAGGGCGAUAAAAAUCUUUUUUUCAUAUUCUGGAAGUUUCUCACUCAAUUGAGCGAGGAGCGGCCAGACUUGUCUUUGCAGGAGCUCGCACCUAUUAUCCAGGGAGUUUUGAAGCUUACACUAAGCUGGUACCCGGAUAAUAUCAGCAAUGUCGAUGUACUGUUCAAAUUCAUGCACGAAAAAUGCAAAGAAUACGGGAAGGCUGUUCCUGAAGAGUACGACUUCCUGUUCCACGACUUGUUGCUGGCUCCGGAAGUCAAAUCUGAUACCGCCUUUUUCAUAAAAUUAUUAACGGAAUGCGACGCCUACGAAGGGCUUCUUUCUGCUCAAAACCUGAGACUUCAAAAAGAAUGCGCUAACGAAAUUCUGGAUACAUUGACGCAUGCUGGGUGGCGGAUAGCGUCGAAACUCGAACUCGAGAAAAUUCUUCAGCUCUGUGGCUCAUUGUUAAAUUCAAAUCAAGACAAAUCAAGCUCAUCGCUGAUGAUGGAUGAUGAGAGCGAAAUGGAUUCUGAAAUUUGGGAUUUCGCCCCAGAUCAGGAAAAACUGGCCCAGCUUACUCAUCUAUGUUACAACAAGUCAAUUGAUUCUCAUUCUGAGUUGUUGUUAACGUGCAGGAAUUGGUUUCAACAGAGUGGGAAAAACAUCAAAUAUCACUCGCCUGCCCUAAUAUGCAAUUACUGGAAAUUGAUCAGGCGGUGUCAGUUGAGAUUAAACAAGAGACCUGAGACACGCGAGAAGCUCACUGCUACGAUGAAGCAGUUAUUCAAACAUGUGUCCCGAAUCAUUAACGACCUAUAUAACGCCGGAGGUGCGGGAUGUUUGGACUUGUUAUACAAGCUAAACGUGCAGACAGCAUCGCUGGCAGAUCAGGUUCAGUUGAGUGACAUCGCUUAUGACUUCUUUUCGCAGGCUUUCACUAUAUUUGAAGAGUCUUUGAGCGAUUCGCGUACCCAAUUCCAGGCUAUAGUGAACAUGGCGCAAACGUUGCAGAAAACAAGAAAUCUGCACACUGAGUCCUACUACGAGACUUUGAUAACACGAUGCACGCUGCAUGGAUCAAAACUACUCAAGAAGCAAGACCAAUGUCGUGCCGUAUACACUUGCUCGCAUUUGUGGUGGGCCACGGAGAUCUCGCAAUUGGGCGAAGAGGAGGGUGUUACAGAUAAUUUCUUCCGUGAGGGCAAGCGAGUUUUGGAAUGUCUACAGCGCUCUCUCAGAGUUGCUGACUCUGUGAUGGACAAUGUUCAGAGUUGUGAGCUCAUGGUCGAGAUUCUCGAUAGAUGCUGUUACUACUACAUCCACGGCGACGAGACCUCCACCCACGUCGGAGUGAAAUACAUCAACGGGUUGAUUGAGCUGAUAAGAACAAAUCUCGACUCUUUGAAACUCGAAAUUAACCCCAUACUGGGGGAUGCUGCAAAUAACAGGAGCGAUGCUACUUACAUUGGUAUCGAUGGUUCUUAUAUUUAUCGGAAUCCCGCGAGCAGUGUGGCGGCCGUUUACAAUAAGGCCAUUCCUUCUAAAGCUGCACAUCUCGAAUCCAUACCCGUGGAUCAUUUCGCUCGAACGUUACAGUACAUCAGAGAUCAGAAAGACGUUGACGAUAGGUUCAAGGCCAUCAAUGUAUAG